UACAUUGUGACCGUUCUGUUCUCCAUUCCCCCACCUAAAGCCCCAAAUUAAGAAAAUCAAUCAGCAAAAAAACCCACUUUAUUGACACCAAUGCUAGGCCAUUUUGCUAGUCAUCUCUUUCAAACUUUCUUCACCUACAAAAGAAAGAGAACAAGUUAAAGCUAGAAGCAGAUCUUUACAUGAAAAUGCUACACUUACACCCUUGAACAAAAAUCCCACUUUGUUAAUCAUCAACUAACAAAAUGUGUUCAACUCCACACUACUCAAGUAAGUCCUUUACACAUCUCUUUACCAACUCAAUUAUUAUCUUACUGCUUCUUGUUUUGCUUCCUUUUAUUCCUUCAGAGCCUCCUCAGUUUGUUAAACAGACCAUUUUUACAUCUUUUUGGGAGCUUUUUUAUCUUUUUGUAGUUGGCAUUAUUGUGUGUUAUGGUUUGUUUAGUAGAAGAAAUUGUGAAAAUAAAAAUCUGGGUUGCUCAAGUAGUGAUUUUUCAGCUUCAUAUGUUUCUGGUAUUUCAUAUGUUUCUUCAUUUUUUGAAAAUGGGGUUGGAAAUACUUAUGGGUAUGGUGAGAAGAAUGUGACCCGGGAUAGGGGUUUUGGGGAAAGUUUUGAUUUUGAUGAGUUUACUGAUUCUGGAUCUUCGAGAUUGCGAAAGGGGGUUAGUGAUGAAAAUGUGAGGAAGGAGUGGGAUUCUAAGUGUGCUGUUACAGAAUCUAUGGUAUUUGUGGCCAAUGGAAAAUAUGAGGUCAAACCAGAAAGAAGAAAUGGUCAUAGACCCUUGAAUUUGCCUGUUAGGAGUUUAAAAUCGAGAAUCAUAGACAUUGCUGGUGAUCACGAAGGUAACAAUUUGGCAGCUUCUGAUAUAAGUAAAAAGUUGAGGUUUAGGGGUCUAGUUCCCAUAAAUUUGGAUGAGAAGUUUAGGGAGACUGUUGUUGCGUCUCCCGUCCCCUGGGGUUUAAGAUCUGAAAGGAUGGAUUUAAGAGAAAACAUGGGUAAUGUAAAGCCUGCUUUUGUUGGUAAAACCGAAUUGGUGUGUCCAAAGUUACCUACUGCAAAGCCUCUCUCUCCAACGAUUCUAACCUCAGAGAUGGAAGAGUUUGAGAGGAAGGAUAGUUUUCGAGUGUCCUUCCCUCCAGCCUUGGAAUCAUCAUUGGCACCAUUAAGAAAUAAACCUUCAUCCAGUAGAUUCAGUAGUCAAAGAUUUGGCACUGAGGUUGCUGCUGAGAAAAAUAACAAAAAUAAUUUGAAGAGCUUUAGUAAAGGUGAAACAGAGGCUUUGUCUAACAGGGCAACCAAGGGUGUUGUAUCAUCGAAUUUGGAUAGUAAACCUGCAAAUCUGGUCAAAGCGCGAUCCAUGGUGGGCUCAUUUUCUGCGAUGAGUGUGGAUAAUAUUUGUAAAAAUGACUUGAAGGGAUUACAUAAGGGUCAAAAAGAGGAGUCAAUGUACAAACCAAACGAAUGCAUUGAAUUUUUGAAAUCGGAUGUGAGACAUGCAGAUCUUGUCAAGGGACAACUUCAGGUUGGUUCGACUUCUCAGAUGAGUAACGAAAGAAGUUCUGAUAAUAACUUGAAAGCUUCUUUUAGAACUGACAAAGGGGACUUGUUGGAGGGAGAAAACACGAGUAAUGAUUUUUGGAACUUGGAUUUGAAUACUGCAUGUCUUCUUAAUGGCAGUUUUGGCACUGCAUUGUCUUCUGAGAAUGAUGGGGAGAAAAAGUCUGAAACCGCUUCUGUGGAUUUUGGUAAUCCCAAAAAAGAAGACUUGCGGAGCAGAAAUAGCAUUGAUUCAUUGAAGCCAGAUGUGAUACCUAAAUCUACUAUGAACUGUUUAAAAAGGGGGAAAUCUGUUAGAACAAUAAGAUCAAAUGAAUUAUCGGUGGACGUCAAAAAAAGUGAAGAGGCUUACUUAAUCCACACAGGUGAUAAAUCUGUCAAGCUCUGUGAUGAAGAUAAAGCAGGAUUACAGAAAAAAUAUGAUUGGAGGGAUGGUCUUAUAUGUGAAGUAGAAGAACACAGUAGAAAAAAUAAAAACAUAUCUUCUGACAUGAAAAACUCGAAGUUAAGGAAGAAUCGCCAUGGAGAAAGACAAAAAAAUGGCACCAGGAAUUCAGUAAAAUGCGAAAGCAUCUUCAUGGAGUCUGAUAACUUCCAGGUUAUCGCAGAUAAGGAGGAAACCAGGCCAGGCAUUGUUGGUGACACUCACAUAGAAUUUAAUGAGGUUGACAAGAAAGCUGCCGAAUUUAUUGCCAAAUUCAGAGAGCAGAUUAGACUGCAGAAAGUUGCAUCAAAGAGAGAAAUGAACUUCCUGAAAAUAAUGUACUUUGUCCCGGGAUUGGGGAUUAUAGUUGCCUGAAACAAACAUGGCUACUUAGUCUCUGCAUAUAUAAAUCUCUCAAAGGCUAACAGUUACAAUACAUUGGAUGGAAGGCUACUUUAUAUGUUUAUUGUGAGCUGGAUAUAUGAUGAAGGUAUAUGAUAUCGUGUUGGCACACGAUGGCAUAAAUCUUGAUCUUUUGUGUGCAAAAUUCCACUCUUCCGUUGAGAAUGUUUAUUUUUCUCUCACCUGUACUACUUCUCUAGUUGUUUAUGUAUCUUGAAUAUUGAACUUAUGGAG